CUCUUUUACUCAGUCCUCCUCCUAUUUCAUCAUCCCUAAUCAACUCGUUAAUCUCAGUAAAAUUAAAUGCUCUUUCCAAAUGCUCUUUGAAUAAUUAGAGAAAUAAUACGCGGAUUUAUGACACAAGAAAAAAGGAGGUUAAUUUCCUGAAGAUUUCUGCAGUAUUUUUUAGUGAUUUGAAGAUGGGAAGUAAUUCGUGGGUGUUCUUCUAUGGGAUGAAUUUGGUACUAGUGUUUCAUCUUCAGCUUGUUCUUCCUUGUUCUUCCCUUAAUUCUGAAGGGUUGGCUUUGUUGGAGUUUAAAGAAAAAGUUGUGAGAGAUCCCUUUAACGCCCUUUCCAAUUGGAAUGAUAAAGAUGGUGAUUUGGAUCAUUGUUCUUGGUUUGGAGUUUAUUGCUCUGAUGGCAAUGUUAUAAUUCUGAAUUUGAAGGAUCUUUGUCUUGGAGGAACACUAGCAUCUGAACUUGGAAAUCUAUCUCAUAUAAAAUCAAUUAUAUUGCGCAACAAUUCCUUUGACGGCAUCAUUCCAAGUGAGAUCGCUGACUUGGAAGAACUAGAAAUGUUAGACUUGGGUUACAACAAUUUUAGCGGACAGCUCCCUUCUAAUCUCGGGAACAACUUAUCGCUGUCAAUUCUUCUACUGGACAACAACAAUGACCUCGGUAGCUUAUCUCCAGAGCUUAAUCAGCUGCAGAUGCUAUCUGAACAUCAAGUGGAUGAGGAUGAUCUACGUGCCUUUUCUGCUGAGGCAUGCUGCAACAGCAAAUCUUUUUCUUGGUAUACUGGCCGGCCAGAUAAUUUUGUCGGAAGGAGCUUGCUGCAAGUGCCUGGUUUUCCAAUUAGGAGGAUUAGGAACAGAAGAGGACCUGCUACAGAACGACCAGUUCAAGCGCCAUCUCCCUCCCCAUCCCAUUUGCACUCGCCAUCUCCAUCUCCAUCUCCAUCCCCUUCUCCUUUCUCAUCACCGUCACCAUCUCCAUCGCCAUCAAGUGGCGUCUUUUCACCGGCGCUGGCUACGGCUCCUGUAAUAUUUGCUGACCCCCCUUCUCCAACACCAGCAGAUCCACCUGUUGUUUCUGUAUCACCAGCAGCACAAGCUGCUCCAGUGAAUCGAGUUCAACACAACACUAGGAGCUCCAACUCAAAUCAUCAUAGGGUUGUUAUUUGGGUCUCUGUUGCCGGAGGCUCGAUACUUCUAGUUAUAUCAGCAGUUGUCAUUAUCAUCUGCAGAAGCAGUAAGAUGGGUACUGUGAAACCUUGGGCCACAGGGCUAAGUGGACAGCUUCAAAAAGCAUUUGUUUCAGGUGUGCCCAAGCUCAAGAGAGUGGAACUUGAAGCAGCUUGUGAAGAUUUCAGUAACAUAAUUGGCACUUUAAAUGAUGGGACUGUAUAUAAAGGUACUCUUUCUAGUGGCAUUGAAAUAGCUGUUGUGGCAAGUUCAGUGAAGUCUUCUGAGGAAUGGUCAAGAAAAUUGGAAUCCCAGUUUAGGAAGAAGAUAGAGACAUUGUCAAAAGUGAACCAUAAGAAUUUCGUGAACCUUAUUGGAUUUUGUGAGGAGGAGAAGCCUUUUACUAGAAUGAUGGUUUUUGAGUAUGCACCAAAUGGAACUCUAUUUGAGCAUUUACACAUUCAAGAAGCUGAACGGUUGGAUUGGAGGAUGCGUCUACGUGUAGUUAUGGGUAUGGCAUAUUGCCUAGAACAUAUGCACCAGCUAAAACCAUCCAUAACUCACAGGGACCUGCAGUCUUCAUCCAUAUACCUUUCAGAAGAUUAUGCGACAAAAGUAUCAGAUUUUAGCUUCUGGACUGAGGGAUCGAGGUCUAAAAUGAGAUCACCUUCCAUGCAACUUUUAGAGGCAGCAUUGACAGAUACAGAGGGAAAUGUAUACAAUUUUGGGGUUGUUUUGUUAGAAAUAAUUACUGGUAGGAUGCCUUACAUGGAUGAUAAUUGCUCUGUAGCAGAUUGGGUUUUCGAGUGCUUGGAUAAAGAUCACUUACCACAUGAUAUCAUAGAUCCAACAUUAUCCUCGUUUAAAAUGGAGGAGGUCCAGAGAUUAUUUCACAUCAUAAAAGAUUGUGUCCACCCUGAUCCACGAGACAGACCGAUUAUGAAAAACGUUGCUGCACGUUUAAGAGAGAUAACAGGUAUGGGGCCUGAUGUGGCAACUCCUAGGUUAUCUCCUCUGUGGUGGGCGGAGCUUGAAGUUUUGUCCAUGGAUGGAAGUUAGAAGAGUUUACUCCUGUAAGUAAAAUCCUAGCGUAAAGUUUUCUUUUACUUUUUUGCAUGGUUAUGGUUUUCAUCUCAAAACCAUAGCCAUGGCCCAUGGCCGCCCUAGAUGAUUCAAGUAUAAAAAAACCAGUACUGGAACAGACCUAUCUCGCCUUCUUGGACAGAACAGGUUUGUUUAGGGGAUGUUAAACGUGUGAUUUUUUGUAUAUACUCCGUAAAUGAGAAAGAAGAGCUCUCUUGUGUUCAGCUACUCGGCUAGGGCUUGUCACUGUGACAAUUAAGCUCAUAAGCUGCCGCGAACUAUUUUUAGGAAAUGUAUUCUUUAUCCGAUUUAAGCUCAUUGUUUGAUUCUUUAAAUUUAUUUUUCAA